UUGUCGCUCUGCCUCUUGUAAAAUAGAACCGGGACUUGCGCUUCCUCUUAGCGUGCCUAUCGGCUGGUGUCUGCGUUGAAACUCUACGGAAGCCUGACCUUAAAGGGGAGGGAGCAGCGGGGGGCCGGGGCCCUUUAAAACGAGGCCCGCGGGUGCCUGCCCCUUUAAGGGAAGGGCGUCCAGACGACAGAACCUGAGCCCCAGAUUACCCCGAGUCUUCGUCACAGGCUGCAAGAAACGGCUCCUUCGCUGGGUCCGGGUGCUUGGCGGCGGCGGUUUCAUCCCCGCUGGUCCUCCCCGGGCCCGGAGACACCCCCACCCCAGUCAUGCUGAGCAGAGUAUGGAAGCAGCUGACUACGAAGUGCUAUCCGUGCGAGAGCAGCUAUUCCACGAGAAGGUCCGCGAGUGCAUUAUCUCAACACUUCUGUUUGCGACACUCUACAUCCUCUGCCACAUCGCCCUGACCCGCUUCAAGAAGCCUGCUGAGUUCACCACAGCGGAUGAUGAAGAUGCUACAGUCAACAAGAUUGCGCUCGAGCUGUGCACCUUCACCCUGGCAGUCGCCCUGGGUGCUGUCCUGCUCCUGCCCUUCUCCAUCAUCAGCAAUGAGGUGCUGCUCUCACUGCCUCGGAACUACUACAUCCAGUGGCUCAACGGCUCCCUCAUCCAUGGCCUCUGGAACCUCGUUUUCCUCUUCUCCAACUUGUCCCUCAUCUUCCUCAUGCCCUUUGCAUAUUUCUUCACUGAGUCUGAGGGCUUCGCUGGCUCCAGAAAGGGUGUCCUGGCCCGGGUCUACGAGACGGUGGUGAUGCUGAUGUUCCUCACUCUGCUGGUGCUGGGAAUGGUGUGGGUGGCGUCAGCCAUUGUGGACAACAGUAAGGCCAGCACGGAGUCCCUGUAUGACUUCUGGGAGUACUACCUCCCCUACCUCUACUCCUGCAUCUCCUUCCUCGGGGUCCUGCUGCUCCUGGUGUGUACUCCGCUAGGUCUCGCCCGCAUGUUCUCGGUCACUGGGAAGCUGCUGGUCAAGCCCCGGCUGCUGGAGGACCUGGAGGAGCAGCUGCACUGCUCAGCCUUUGAGGAGGCAGCUUUGACCCGCAGGAUUUGCAAUCCCACUUCCUGCUGGCUGCCCUUGGACAUGGAACUGCUGCACAGACGGGUCCUGGCUCUGCAGACACAGAGGGUCCUGCUGGAGAAGCGGCGGAAGGCUUCAGCCUGGCAGCGGAACCUGGGCUACCCACUGGCCAUGCUGUGCUUGCUGGUACUGACGGGUCUGUCUGUGCUCAUUGUGGCCAUCCACAUCCUGGAGCUGCUCAUCGAUGAGGCUGCCAUGCCCCGGGGCAUGCAGGGUGCCUCCCUGGGCCAGGUCUCCUUCUCCAAGCUGGGCUCCUUUGGUGCCGUCGUUCAGGUCGUACUCAUCUUUUACCUGAUGGUUUCCUCGGUCGUGGGAUUCUACAGCUCUCCACUCUUCUGGGGACUGCGGCCCAGAUGGCAUGACACAGCCAUGACGCAGAUAAUUGGGAACUGUGUCUGUCUCCUGGUCCUAAGCUCAGCACUUCCUGUCUUCUCUCGAACCCUGGGGCUCACUCGUUUGGACCUUCUGGGUGACUUCGGACGCUUCAACUGGCUGGGCAAUUUCUACAUCGUGUUCCUCUACAAUGCAGCCUUCGCGGGCCUCACCACUCUCUGUUUGGUGAAAACCUUCACCGCAGCUGUGCGGGCAGAGCUGAUCCGGGCCUUUGGGCUGGACAGACUGCCAUUGCCGGUUUCCGGUUUCCCCCGGGCAUCUAGGAAGACCCAGCACCAGUGACCUCCAGCUGGGGGUGGGAGGGAGAAAACUGGACACUGCCAUCUGCUGCCCAGGCCUGGAGGGGUGCCCAGGGGUGGGUGGACCUCAGGACCUGGAAUCUGAGAGGGUGGGUGGCAGAGGGGAGCUGAGCUGUCUGCACUGUUGCAUCAUCUGAGCCAGAGUUUGGGACCGGGCCCCCCAGCUUUUCCAGAUUUAACUGUGGGCCCCAGCGUGAGGUGGGGCUGGGUGACUGGGUCUGGCUCCCUGUCCCAAAUUCGUUUACACAUCAAUCUGCCUCACUGCUGUUCCGGGCCAUGCCCAUAGCCAUGUUUACAUGAUUUGAUGUGCAAUAGGGUGGGAUGGGCGCAGGGGAGGGACUGAGCUGGGGGCAGACUUGGAAGGCAGAUUGUCUCCCUUGCCUCUGGCCCAGCAGAGCCUAAGCCCUGUGCUAUCCUGGAGGAGCUAUGGACCACUGGAGAGACGGGGUCAUAGGGAGGAGAGGCCACAACCAUCAGCAAUAAAGUUGAUCCCAGGGUCUGCUUUGGUUUUUUUAAA